AGGGUGGCCAGACAGCCCUCAUGUGCGCAGCCCAAGUGGGAAAUCUAGAAUUGGUGCAAGAACUCUUACUCAAGGGUGCUGACGUCAAGGCCAUGGAUGAGGACAAGUGGACACCACUAAUCUUUGCAGCUAGGGAGGGACACCUGGACAUAGCCAAGGCUCUCCUAGACAAAGGGGCUGAAGUAGACCAUGCAGAUGUGAAUGGAUGGACACCUUUGAUGUGGGCCAGUUAUAAAGGCCAUACAGACGUUGUUGUGGAACUCUUAGAAAGGAAAGCUAACCCCAAUGUUCAAGCCCAUCAUGGGGUUACUCCCAUUAUCUGGGCAGCAGGGCGUGGUCACAGCGGAGUGGUAGCUGCUCUUCUUUCAUCAGGGGCAAAGGUCAAUUCUGCAGACAAGUAUGGUACAUCUGGUUUGGUAUGGGCUGCCCGGAAAGGACAUGUGGACUGUGCGAGACUUCUCUUAGAGCAUGGUGCUAAUGUUGAUAUGGCAGGCAUGAAUUCCUGGACGGCCCUGUUAGUAUCUGCAAGGGGAGGUUACAUGGAUGUUGUUCGGAUGCUGUUAGAGAGACAUCCAAACAUCAAUGCUGUGGAUAAGGAUGGGCUGACAAGCUUGUGCUGCUCUGCCAUGGAAGGACAUACAGAGGUCACUGAACUUUUGCUGAAUUCAGGUGCCUAUGUCAAUAUACAAGACAAGCAUGAUGACACAGUCUUGAUACAUGCAGUCAAAGGGGGUCAAACAGAGGUCGUCAAGUUACUUCUCAAGAAGUUUGCUGAUGUGGAUAUACAGGGUGACGAGAAGAAGACAGCAUUAUACUGGGCAGCUGAGAAAGGUCAUGUAGACAUCUUAGAAGCAAUCUUAGAUAGUAAUCCAAAUACUGAAUUAGCAGCAAAGGAUGGGGAAACCCCUUUACUGCGAGCAACGAGAAAUCGAAACCGAGAAGUGGUUAGAGCGUUGCUUGACAAAGGAGCCAAAGUAUCAGCAACUGACAAGAGAGGAGAUACCCCACUUCAUAUAGCAAUCCGAUUCAGGGAUAAAAAGAUCUCUGAAUUACUUCUAAGAAACCCUAAAGAUGGUAGGCUACUUUACAAGCCUAACAAGGAAGGGGAAACCCCUUAUAACAUUGAUUGUAAUCAUCAAAAGGGCAUCCUUACACAAAUUUUUGGUGCUAGGAGUUUCAGCCCCGGUGAUGAGGUAGAAAAUGAAUUAAGUGAUCUAUGUAGCAGUUCAUUAGCUGAUAUCCUCAGUGAACCCACCCUCCUGCCACCGGUUACAGUAGGUCUGUAUGCACGCUGGGGCAGCGGCAAGUCUUUCAUCCUCAAAAAGCUGCAAGAUGAGAUGUAUCAGUUUGCUCGUCAGGACUACCAGCCCAUCUUUCGUUUCACUUGUUGGGUGUUUGUCUUAUGUGUGCUGAUAGGUCUUGCCAUUGGAACAAUAGUUCUCUUUAUUCCUUUCAUGGUGGAUGAUUUCAGCUUCAAGAGUACUCUUAGUCAAGCCGGUGGGGUUGCACUGGGUGUCUUUCUUUUAUUGUAUAUUAUCUUAGCUUUAGUAUAUUUUGGUCAUCGUCAGAAGUGGAGGGGGUCAGGGAAAAUGAGUGAAUGGCUCGCACGGCAAUUCAACUACUUUCGCCUUGUGAUGGCGCUGUGCUACUGUAAUCCUCCUGUCUCCUCGGAAAGGACAGCUAAAGUCUUGCCAGUUAGGUUUAUAUUUGGAGAUCACCUCCACCUGAGCAAUUUAGGAAGUGAAGCCCCUCUAGCUCGAACUAUUGGUAGCCUAGGGGUAUCAUUAGAGAAAGAGCUCGGUACACUGGUAUCUAGGCUCUAUAGAGUGGUCCAAUCAAGACCAGUAGAUGGUAAAUCACAUUGGAAGAGGUACUGCUGCAUUCCCAGAUUCAUAGUGACUUUAAUAAUUAUAGGAUGUUUCAUAACAGGACUUGUACUUCUAGCUUAUGAUAAAACCAGAGGAGACCCUAACCGAGAGGUCACUAAAGACAAGAUAGCCAUCUUUGUCUUGGCAAGCAUUGUGGCAUUAUCAGUACUGGCCAACCUCUGGAACUUUGUCCAGUUUGUCUAUCAGAUGGUAUACCCUCCGAGGAUGAGGAUGGAGAGAAAGGCGCGGCAGGCAGGACAUAUGAAACCUGAUGAUUUCUUGCGAAGCAUGAAGCAAGAGGUGACCACACUGACCAACAUGACCCAGUGUAUGGAUGCCUUCCAAGGACUCCAGACGCGGAUGGUGGUCAUCGUCGACGGGUUGGACAGCUGCGAGCAGGAGCAGAUCUUGAACAUCCUGGAUUCCAUCAAGGCAUUGUUCUCUUCCCCGUACUCCCCCUACAUCACAAUCCUAGCCAUUGAUCCUUACAUCAUCACUAAGGCCAUUGAUCAGAAUCUUCAUAAUGUCUUCAAGGAGUCAAAUGUCCGUGGGCAUGACUACCUUCGCAACCUGGUCCAUCUACCAUUCUAUUUAGAGGUUGGUGUUCGUCUGAAGGACAGCGCAGAGAUGCCACUGGCCAAUCACGUCUCUCCAUCUACUUCGAGGACGGAGAUGACGAUUGUAACAGCCAUCCCAGGGGAUUCCCCGCCUAGGUACGGCAGCCCUGAUGCAAUGAAUGCACCUCUCCUACAGAGGCAACGAUCGACCACCAAGGAUCUAUCUCAGAUGCUCUCCUCUGAUGAACAGUUUAGUGAUCUCAGUCCUCGUAGUAUGAGAAGAUUACUCAAUAUCGUCUCAAUCACUGGUCGUCUUCUGCGUGCCAAUAACAUCUCUUUCAAGUGGCAGACCUUGGCUCAUUGGAUCAACCUAACUGAGAGAUGGCCGUAUCGGAUCUCUCGUCUCAUAGUGUACUACCAAGAGAAUGAAGAACAUAUUGAAGAUGAUGUCGUUCUCAAGGUCAUUACUGACAGGAUCAGUGAUGAUCUUCUGACACUCCAUGAAUCAGACCCAUUUGCAGACUUGGACCAAGAUGGACGUAGCUUUAUGGUUUGUCUUGCCAGGCAUACCCCUCAACUAACCUGUGGAGAUCUCAGAAACUUUCUCUCAUGUACCUGUAACCUGGAUCCACAGCUUAGGAAACAGAUCAGAGAUUCCAUUGAGACCACAGAUCCUGCAGGAACCCUUCCAAACAUGAGUAGCCUGGUCAGACCACAAAGCUUUGCCCAUAGCUUCCCAUCCCAACCCAUCGCAUCACGAGCCUCCCUUUACUCCUCUAUCAGCGAUACCCCAUCUCGUCUCAACUACCAAAUGAUGGCUUCCAAUCCUUUCAUGAAGAAGAUUCUACAAAGUCCUGCAUCCACCCCUCAGCCAGGGAUUCUCACUGUCAAGGACGUUUGCGACAGACUUCUUAGUCUGGACGGCAUCGACAAACAUUCGAUUCCCCGUUACCAGACUCGCAUCGCAGAACACCACAUCAAUGGCCACGUCCUGUUACAGUGUGAACUUGAUGAACUCAAGACAGUCCUGGACAUGACGUUUGGUGAUUGGCAACUCUUCAAGGCCAUGGUGAUGCAGAUGAGGGGUCAGGCCAUGAGCGCCGCCGCCACUCCACAUAGCCCCAGUCAGGCCAGUAGCGACCCUCUAGUAGAUGGAGAGGAAGAACCUGAGGAGAAGCCAGAGGAGCCGGUUGAUCCGGCCAACGACUAUCUUAACCUGAGUUACGAGGAGCUGCGGAAGAACUCACAGAUGUCGUCGCAACGGUCAUCGAUUCAUAACUCGCAUCUGUCCCUGGGGACAUUGAGAAGCGAAUCCUCUCACCCAGAGACUUCCAGUGGUGAGAACACACCGGCAAGGAAGCGCACAACAAGUGGGCCACAAAAGUACUCCACGUCCACGAGCCUCGCCGGUAUGUUGGUCAGCAUGGAUAGUGGCAUUGAACAAAGCAAUAAAAAUAUUCAGGAUGGUGCUCAGCAGACUGUUAGUGUAGGUACUAGUGUGAACAAUACCACUGUGACAACCACACCUUCUAAAAACACCAGGGUUGUCCCAGUGACAACCACCACCAAAUCAACAGCCAGCGUAGGGACCAGCACAGGGCAGAUGACGGUUGCUGCUGUUCAUCCGAGCAGCAACGGACAGAAACCAAGUGAUGGAGGAGGAAGAGAGAAAGAGGCAAAUAGCAGUACGUCAUCAGAGAGUAGUACUGAUAUCACAGCACUAAGAAGAGAUAGCAGAGGAGACAUCUCAGAAGAUGAUGCUACUCUCACACCUGAGGAUGCCAAACAGGAAACAAGAACUACAUCUUUGUUAAGUAGUGGUGGUGGUGAUAAAGCAAAGCAUAAAUUAGAAAGGCAGAUUCAGGAAGUGGAAGAAGAGGAGGAAGAUGACAAAGAAAGUUCACCAUUAUUGCAAAUAAAAGAGCCCAUAGACAUCAAAUCAAAGAGCAAAGUUAAAGAAAAGUUGUCAAAUGGGAGUGUAAAUGAGAUGUUGACAGAGAGUAGCGAGAGUCCGUUGCACCUGUCGAGCUUGGUAUCAGGUGAAGAAACAAGUAGCAGUGAGCAGGGCUCACGACCGGUUGAACAGGAUGACCGUUAUCAAAUAAGUCCCACCCUUAAGGAGCAGGUCACAAGAGAUGUCAAUAAAAUGUUUGAGAAUUUGCAGACAGAAAUUACAAGUCGUUCCAAGGAAGGUCAGCCCACCGUAAUUACAAGUCCUACGACGGGUCGGAUACGCGUUAUACGUCCUGUCAAAGUAGAGCAGCAAACGCAUGAUUUAUCGUUGCUUGCUAGUUAUUCCACCUUCAUACCACCGGUACGUGAGUUAGACAGUGUGCCAGAGUCGCACGUGGCAAGUUCCACGUCAGUGUCGUCCGUUGGGAAGCAGCGACGUGUCAUGGGAGGGAGCCCUAUCAAACAUUCGCAAUCCGUGGGGGCCAUUCCCGCCCCCUCACCGUCCAUCACCAGUCAGGAAUCCUACAGCCGCUUCUCUGAUACAGGAGCCGGUCUCCAUGAAAACAAGCGGACUUUAGACCAAAGCUUUGACGAGUUCAUCAAGCUCUCGCUGGGCGAGCAGCGCAAGAAGCGUCAUCAGAUUCACACACAGCUCUCGUUUGAGAAUGAGAGGAAGCCAGGGAGAGGUGGACAGCGACAGAUGAACCAGAGCGAACUGAUCAGGAGAUCGGCACCCAUGCUACUCAACCCCAUGGGACGAUCUCCCGAACAAAGCAUCGACAUCGAUGAUGAAGCCACCCCUACCACGGAGAAGCAGAAGUCUGUGGAUGAUGGUCAUUCGGUUGUUUGAUAAAGCGCCCUCUUUGUCUGUUAUAUAUUAUUGGUAGUACUGCUCAUAGAGAGUAACUUAAUCUUGCCAAAGUAUGCGCUUUACCCAAGAUUCAAGACUAAUUGUGGUACGUUCAAAUAUUACUUGAGCAGUAUGAUUAUAUUAUCUGAUAGAUAGAUCUUAUUGAAUAUGAGAGUGUCAUGGAAAGCUUAUAUAUAUUUUAAAAUAUAUAUAUAUAUUUGAGAAUGAUGUGAUGUCUCUUUUCUAGCAUCGAUGCACAUGGUUGCAUUUUUUUCAAAGUUUGCUGUGCAAAAAUAAAUUUUGUCAGGAUGGCAUUGAUGCCAGCAUUGGUCGACAGUAGCUGUUGAAAGAAUUGCAGAGAAGAUGAAUAUCAAAUUAAUAUCUUUAAUGGGUACUAUUAAAUAAACUUUGUAAUAAAAUAUAUGAACUUGAAUAAUGUGAUGUCUGUAAUUUUUCAUGAUCGUUUCAAAGCUAUAUUUAAGUAAAUUUUUGCUAUGUAUUGAAUGAUAUUCAUUUUAAACAUAAAGUGGUAACCUAAUUAGUUUUAUAUUUGUGUCAUAGAAUUACGGUAGUAUAUGUAAAAACACAAUGAUCCUAAAACUUAUAUCUGUAGAAAUUAGAUCAAUCGUGAACGACUAUUUUAAUUGAUAAUUUUUUGUAUUUUGUUAUGCUUUCGUUUCACAAAUCUACACAGAUGAUCCUUGUUAAAAUUUUCAUCCCCAAGUAAAUUCCAUGAAUUUCCUAUAAUAAAGUAAGAUAUUUGAAUACAGAGAUAAUUCCAUUUCAGCUAUGAAAAGGGACAAGGGUUUGACAUGUUUAUGAAUUGUAAAUGAAAUGUGAGAGUGAUUUGUUGUUUGCAGCUAUAUUUAUUUUUUCAUUUAUUUUAUUGAUUGAUUGAUUAAUGAAUGACUGCACAAAUGUGUAGUUACUGACCUUUGUAUCAGUCAGUACUUUCCCUUUGACACAUCAAAGCCUGGCUUGUCCUCUCAAAAGUUUAUUGGGCUUUAGGGAACCGGAGUUUAAAAGGGUUAAUACCUAUUAAUGUAACCUCUACAAACUUGAACUUUGAAGCACUGAUAGAAAAGGGGUACACCUGAAAAUGGAAAGAAUGAACUGAAGACUUGCAAUAAUAGAAGAAAAUAUUUUGUGAUCCAGUUUAUGUUUUGAAUGUUAAUAAAUUCAGUAUCCCUCUGUUUUUGCUGUAAUACCAAUAUCCAUUUCUCAUUUCAUAGAAUAUUAAAAAAAAUCAAUUUCUUGUAUAAAAAGGGUUCAUUAUCAUUUAGUUCAAUUCCUCUUAAGUGUCACUUCUAGGAUUACUAGCAUCUCUUACCAAUAUUUGGUUCUUCUUAGUAAGUCAUAUUUAGCAUUGAUCCUACACAUGAUCUGGCAACAACUAACUGCUUAUUAAGGGCAAAAAACUAAUUAAGGUAUGGUUUGACUGAAUGUCAAAAUGAUUAAGAUUGUAAUUAUUAUUAAGAUGAAUUGCAGUUUUAUGGGAUUAAUGUGUAUUAUUUGGUUUUGAUUGGUGACAACUAAAUAUUUACUAUUGAUUUAGAACAGUGAGGAUCAUUAUUAGGGCUGAUGGAAGGGAUUAUGUUUGUCUAUAAUAAUGUGUAGAUUUUGAAUGGAGGCAAUUGUCACAGGGGAAAUUUUUGCAUUCAAAUCAAGCUGAUUCAGAAUGUUGUCAUUUUCCAAUUGCUGACAUUCACCUCAUUUUUGCACUCAUUUCAUGAACUGACAAUAAUUCAAUUUUGUACUUAUUAAUGAAAUGAUAAUUUUUUUUUGUACUUAUUACAAUUAUUAUUCUUCCCAGAAAUUCAAUGUACAAUUAUUAUUCUUCCCAGAAAUUUGAUGAAAAACCCAUGGGGUUCCUCUUGAAUAUUUCCACUGGAUUAAUUGAUUGACCGGCCUAUCUUGUAGGAUGAUAGCAGUAAGUCUAGAAUAAAAGCUCACAUAGGUUAGAAGGUGCAAUACAUGUACAUCUUAUUAAGCUGAGAAAUACCAAAGAAACAAUAGAAGCCAUAGAGUCAUCAGGUUAAGUAAUAUUUCAUUGUAAGCAGUAAAGGAAUAUGACAAGUAUUGCUAGUUUUAUCUCAUGAGUCUUCUUUUCAUAUACUGUAUGAUGAUAGUACAUUCAUUGAAUGAUGUAAACCUGAUUAAUAACGGGUUCAUUCAUAAUCUUUCAAAAAUACUAAUAGCAUGUUACAACAUUAACACAGUGACAUUAGUUUCAUAGACUCUAAUGAGUUUGCACUAGUCAUUUUAAGUAUACUUCUUUUUUUUCAGUAAACAAAUGAGAAAGACAUGUAGCUUUUUUCUGUUGACUAACUGCAUAAAAACAAAAAUUCUUUCCUUCUCUUUUUGUCAGAAAUUAAUAAAUUUUCAUAAUGCAGUUUGGUGAAUACACAACUAUUGUCAAAUGGAUGAUAAAUUGGCAUUUAAUUCCCAGCUAUUCACUUCAUUAAAUUAAUAUUUGUUCAUUGAAGGUACCAUAAACAAUACAUUUACAUUCAUUUAUUUACAUUAAUUUACAAUACUAACAAAUGUAUUCAAAACAAUGAAUCUUUCCCCUGAGUGCCUGGUAAUAUUUCUUCCUAGCUUGUUUGCCAUGUCAGGUAAGCCCUGUAAUGGGCUAAAGUGUCAGGUAGUUGUGAAAAAAAGUAAUGAAUUUGAAGCUAGUUGCGAUCAAAAUUCAAAUCAUAAAUUGAUACGAUCGCAAGUGAUCUUAGACCUGUAUCAAAUCCAGUCGCAACUGUAAUGACAGUGUACAUGUACAUGUCAAAUAGCCAGUACAGAAUGGUAUUAUUUUGUCUACCAUAUGAUAUAAAGUUUUGGUAUGAUGAUAAUGUAUGGGAACCAAUUUUGAACCUCAUGAUUUGAAUUUAUUGGUUGUGAAGUGGAGAGCAUCACAGUGGCAACAUUAACAUACAUGUAUUCAAUAUCAAGUUAGAGAUUGAUUUUAUUGGAAUGUCUAUUUAUAUAUAGUGGGAUUUCCAUCAUACUUUCAGUUUUCUUUUUCUUAAAUGAUUCUCUUUUGCCGGGGGGGGGGGGGGGUGUUGGGAGUUAAAUUGUCCCCUUUUGAACUGCUUAAAGCAUAAUGUUUUAUUAUCUUUGAUUGAAAUCUACUAAACAUUUUCUUAGUUUUGUGUCUCUUAUUUAUCUUGCUGAAUUUCUCAUAAGAAAUUUAUAUAUUGUUAGAUACAUAUACAUGUAGGUAUAAGAACAAUUGUUUUACCUGUUCCUGUCUAAUUUGAUAUUUUGGUGAUCUGAUUUAUUGCAAUUAUUGGCCUUGUGUGUGAGUAAAUGAAUAAAUGCAAAUGGCUAUGUGGAUUAGAUCAUUGUUAUAUUGAUGAUUAUUAUUAUCAUUGAAGCUUAUUUAGACUUUUUAGGUGCGAAAUUAUAUCAUUAUUUGCAGCUUGAGAAGUUUUUUUUUCGUCCAAAUCUCCCAUAAAACAGCAAAUUGCAUUUCUAUUUAGUGAUUUAUAAUCUAGCUAUAAAGGAACAUGACUGCAUGCUUUUACGUGAAAGGGUUUUUGUGUCUACCUAUCCCAACCUCAUGAUUGUUUUGAACAUGAGGGGUGUUUAGUAUUACAGUAAAUUUACAAUAUACAUUGCAUUUCCAGUACAAGAGAGCCAAAUCAUUUUAGGUCACCGUUUGUCAUCUGUAUAAAAACAAAAUUGUGUGCAAUUGCCUAGUUUGAGGACAGCAGAUUAUCAUAUGGAGAUGAAUUAUAAUGUACAAACUCUCCAUUUCGCUGUAUUUUAUGUUUUGUAUUUAUUUGUAUAUUUUGAUUUGUCGAUAUGGGGAAGAAGUGGAGCAGAUUCUACUUUAUAUAGGGAUUUGUUUUGUUUUUGUUUACAGUACAAAUUGUAUUUACUGAAAUAGAUGUUUUUCUCCCUUUUUUUAUGCCCACAGUUUUGUCAUAUCUCACAUGCUUUUUAUGUAGGAUGUAGAAUACAUGAAGGCCAUAUUCACGUUUGAUAUUCCGGUCUGACAAUAAGAUACUGGUAGUUAGAACACAAUGUACAGUAUUAACAGAUGAGAUGUGUGAACAGUUUCUUAGUGUAUGGUGUACCACUAUGAAUUUUUAACCUCAUACCAAGUGUUGAAACUAUUUGAAAAUUGAUGAUGAAAAUAUAUAAAUAGCUUUCAUGGCGUGAAAGCAACUUUGAAAAAAUGCAA